AUGAAGAAGACUCUACGAUAUGAUCGGCGGCCUUCUGUAACGGCCGAGGCCUGGAUUCUCGGAAGCGGAACCGCGUCCUUGGCAGCGGCAGUGUAUUUGAUCAAGGAUGCCAUGUUACGCCCGUCGAAUGUGCACGUUCUUGAUGAGCACAUAUCCUUGGAUGAUCUUUUGCAUCGCGAAGGAAGCUUCUCGACUGGAUACGAUCAAUUCGCGGGGUGUCUACCCGUUCCUGUCGGUCUUGGCUUGGAGGAGCUUCUUGAUGUGAUCCCAUCAGCAAGGUCAGAAGGGCGAUCUUUCCUGGAUGAUAUCCACGAACAGGCUGGGAAACGACUCUCUCUGAGCAGCCAUUAUGGCACCUGCUUCGUCAGUCGCCAAGAUGGGUCUUUCAAGCAUUUGCCCACCAAACGGCUUAGUCUAGGUUUAAAGGACCGAUUUAGCUUGAUACGGCUUCUGCUCAAGCAUGAAAGUCAUCUACAAAAGAAACAAAUUCGGGAAUUCUUCAGAGAAAAAUUCUUCGAGAGUACCUUCUGGGAGACUUGGUCCAUACAGUUCGGCUUUCAGCCCUGGCAUAGUGCUACUGAGUUCAGACGUGCUGUCAGGCAAUAUCUAUCCGACUUUAGCAGCUUGAGUAUCCUGACCUGCCUGGACAUCACCGGCUACUAUCAAUGGGACUCUAUUUACCUUCCAAUCUACUUUUAUCUCCAAGGUCAGGGCGUCGAUUUCCAAUUUAACACCAAAGUGACAAAUGUGGAAACAGGCGCGAGGAAAGAUCGUGUCCGAACCAUCAUUGGCAUGUCCAUUUCGCAGGACGGGCUGGAUUUGAAGAUCAACUUAGGUCCUGAUGACAUUCUUAUUGCAAGUCUAGGAUCGACCGUGUCGGGAUCAGCAGUCGGAACCAAUUACCUACCGCCAGCUUGGCGCUCAGUACAACCAAGCGAUCAUCUCGACGAGAAUUGGUCACUAUGGCUAGAGGCAGGAAACAAGUAUCCAGACAUGGGUAAUCCGUACGCAUUCUGCACACGGAAGUCCGAGUCCAUGAUUGAGUCAUUCACCAUCACAACAGAGAAUCUUGAAUUCUUCGAGUACCUCAACUCGCUUUCGAAAUGCAAGUCAGAAGCGGGCGCCAUCUUUUUAAUGAAGGACAGUAGCUGGGGACUAUGCCUUUGCACCCCUGCCCAGCCGGUAUUCACCCAACAGCCGCCCCAUGUACGCGUUCUUUGGGGCUUUGGGCGAUUUCCUGAUCGAAAAGGAGAUUGCGUCAACCACUCAAUGCUGUAUUGUUGUGGAGCACAAAUCUUGGCUGAGGUUGUUUAUCAUUUGGAGCUUCCUGGCGAGAUGGCCACAGAAGUUCAACAGCAGUCCAUUACCAUUCCACGAGCAAUGCCGCGAAUGAGCUCAACCUUACUCACUCGAUCCACUACUGACCGCCCACGUAUUAUUCCGAGGUCUAUCUCUAAUCUUGGUCUUGUUGGAUCCUUUGUGGAAAUCCCGGGGCGUACUUGUGUCGACACGGGUUACGGCGUGGAUACUGCGCGCAUAGCUGUGUCGCAUCUUAUGGGUCUUGAACCGUGGACUGGUGAAUAUCCUAGCCCGUCCUUCCUUAGGCUUUUGGGCACAUUGACUUUGAGAUGA